CCAUUCAUUCAUGGCAGAGAGUUGGCCAACAAGUGUGUAGUACGGUAAAUAAAGACCUGCUACAACAAACUACACACAUCUAGUAUUGACAAUGACAGGUCUAAGUAUAUGGUGUCAAGAUUGCGAGCUCUUAUUAUCACGAGAAGACUAAUUUGCACCUCAUUACAACUGGACUAUUUAAUCCAACCAGUGUGUGAAAAGACUCUGAGUUAACAACUAUAUUCUGAGAACGAUAAACCGUGAGAGUCUCAUACACGAAUUGCAACAAAAAUAGACAUCGUCAUCCGGUCGCAUCCGUCACCCUCCUCCUCCUCCUCUCUCUCUCUCUCUCUCUCUCUCUGAUUUGAGAAUAGAAGAUGGCUUCUAACCAGAACCCUGAUGAGGUGUUACCAUACCUAGCUCGUGUUAACUCACAGCUGUCUAAUGAACUUCGUGGAUUACGAGAAGGAACAUGUCAGAAGCUAUAUAAACAGACAAGAAGCUUUAUUGAUGCAUUGCUAAGAUCACCAACUGGACAGAAUACAACCUAUGGUCCGAGCAUCACUACCAUUUUACAGGUCCGUGAUUGUUACGAACAUUCUAAGAAGUUAGACGGUGAUCGACCAACCCAUUUCACCAACGUACUCCAUCUUUUCCUCACAUCGGUAGAAACCCUUCAAAGAUUAUGCAAUGAAAUGCAUAGCUGUAUCGGAGAGAGCGUCAGGGCUCUCACACUCCAUGAAAAACAGCGAGCCAAAGCCGAAAAGAUCCGAAGUGACAUCGAGUUCUGUCGAGAGCAUCUGCAAGAGGAUACAGACUUCAGCGAUCUUGCUACACAUAAAACGAUUGAGAAGUUUCGAGGAUUGAACACGGGUGAAGUGUCGAAUUGGGGCGCUGUUCUCAAUCUCAUCCCCGUCAUUGUGUCCAUUUUUCAAGAUGUUUCUGAUGCGACGGCGGAGUGGAGUUCAAUCACCCUCGCUGAAAGAAACACUAUCUUUACCCCACCAAAGAAAGCCUCCAGCUCCAGACCAGGUUCUAGAUCCGGUUCAAGGCAAAGUGGACGAAACUCAGCACAAAGCAUGAAGGGAAAUCAACAAACCAAUGAGGCUCAAGGCCAGACUAAGAAACCAAGAAAAACUUAUGCUGAUCGGGUAGAUGAGCGCAACAAGGGAAGGAUAUCUUUGUUAGAACGCCCUCCAUGGAAGCCUUCGUCCAACCCUCCUCACAAUCUCUAUCCUCAGCUCCACAUCCAUCUUGGUGACCCCACUCAGCACGUCUAAAGAUCGCAUCACCAUCCCCUUAGCUCCACACCAAUCCUGGAGACCCCACUCAGCAUAAUAUUUGCAGCUUAAACAUUAUUCAUCGACAUGCUCAUGCUCACAUUUUUAAAGCUCACGUACUGAUUGAUAACUGCGAAUUCCAUCAAUGUAUUCUCAAAAUACGAAGACAGCAUUUCUACUUUGUCGAUGGUUAAACACACAUCUAUUGUUCUCAAUUUAUUUCCCAAUAAUUUUAGAUAAGUGAAUUAUAUCCCAGGAUUUCCAAAUAACUUGACAUAAUUGCGUGUACAAUGUUUGAUGUUCUGGGUAAGAUUGAGUUUAAUAGCUAAGAAAUAUAUAAAGUUGUUCUUUACAAAAAUGCACGAAGAUUUCUGGGUUUAUGUUCGGUAGCACCAUCCUCCCCGUGUGUAGUGUAAUUAACGCAGUCCAUUAAAGGCCCACUGCACUACUUGUAGCUACUUGCGCCCUCUAUAUAACAAACAAUGCCUAAUCGGUGACCAUUGGUCCCCCAUGAUCCUCUUUUUCUUAUGUUAACUGAGAGCUGGGUUGAUUAGAUAACCACCUGUCCAGUGACCUUGCAGGGCGAUCUAAUCCCUCCUGUAAACUAUGGCAGAUAAGCUUUAAGUGCAUGGAUUUCAUCUGCUAAAUCCGGGCUUUGCAAAUAUGUUUUGUUGAAACGCAAAAUUAAUUCUUGAGCAAACUGAAUUAAAUGCUUCGACCUGGCGAACAUUUUAUGAUAUUGAUUUAUAACCUAUAAAACACUAGCAACAUUUCUUCGUAUCUGUACAAGUAUAUACAUACUGUUCACUUCGAACGAGCAAAGGUAUAACACAAACUUACACACACGCACGUACUUGAACAGUUCACAUAACGCUCAUAGCAAUGCUAAAAUGUAAUUAUUAAUGAAAAUACAUUCUAGGCUUUGUACAAUGUAUACGAAACGUAUUUUUUUUUUAAUGCUGUUACUUCUAGUUGUUUUAAUAGUAUACGUAUAGCUUGCCACACACUAGCCGAAAAUGUUUAUAUUUAUUAUGCUAUUGAUGAUUAUUAAGAUUCAUGAGAUUAUUCCCUUUUUUCAGUUAAUAAUCUCCCUCAAUCUCAUUAGUUUCCAUUCCUAUUUCAUUUGCAUUCAGUGAAAUUCAAACGAUUUUUUAUCGUUAUAUUGGGUCUUUCAAAAAAGUCGCCUGUACUUUGAUAUUUUUCUCUAAGUAGUAUGAAAGGUCGACUUUGGUUCGUGGAACAAAACGAUAUAUAGUAGGAAAAUUACUUUUUGGAUAUCAACAUUAUUCGAAUUUUUAAAGCUGUAUUUGACUUUGACCAUGCUGAAGGAAUGCUAUUCUUUCAUUUAAAAUGAUAUAUUAUGAAUAUUAUGAACUAUAUGUAUAUUUAUACCUAUCUGUAUUCUUUCUAACGGUGGAAUUGAAGCAAAUCUUUCUAUUUCUAUCAUUAUAAUAGCUGUAUUUUAUUUGUAAAGUUUUAUGAGAAAUAAAAUGAAACGUUUGAGUAAUUGAUAGUAUCAAACAAAA